AUGAAGGUUUUUAUUCUCCUACUCUUUUGCACUGUUACAACUAUUCAUGCUACUACUGGCGUAAUUCAAAAUAUUACUAUUGUUGAUGAAAUUGAUCAUCCAGUUGUAUUUCUUGCAUAUAAAGUUAAUGCACGUCAGCUUCAGCCAUUCAUUGAUCGAAGACUAAAAGUGGCGACAUUUACUGAUGGUUAUGCUUAUUUAAUUAUUGCAGUGAACAAUAUAACCCUUGCACCAAAUCUUUUCGAUACUAUUUCGAUAACUGCUCUGGGAACAAGAAUCUUUACAAUUGUUUCUUAUCAGAAUAAACUGAAACGUACAAUAUUACAUCUUGAAGUAGAAGAUCUUCUUUCAAGCAUAUUAUGUGAACCUUUUAUAGAAUUUCCGUAUGGAUGUACAGUAGUCCCAGAUAUAAAAUCUAAGUUAAAUAAUCAAACAUCAAAGUAUGAAUUUACAAUAAAAUCAUUUAAUCCUACAACUCUACAAACAAUCGACUUUCAGUUAAAUAUGACAUUUGAUACAACAAAAUCACUUAACUAUAACGAUCAAUCAACAUUAACUGGUUUCGUGUUAAAUAACAUAACAAAUAGCCAAUUUAUUCAAUCAUUAUAUAGCAAGGGGACAAAAGUACUAGAAUCGUCAAUAUUAUUAGCCAUCGGUAAUUAUUAUGAUAGUAGGUUUACUGUUGUUCAUCCAUGUAAAACUGAACGAAUUAAUUCCAAUUUUAUAGCGGCAGCAAUCGGAAAAAUGAACGGUUUGAAUGAACUGGAACCAGAUUUAUGUAUUUAUUCACCAUAUUAUUCAUUUAAAGCUACAGCCGCAAUACCAAUGUUAUCACCAUAG